AUUUUUAUUAUUCAUUGUUUGUUACCCUCAUAAUCUUACUGUUUACAGUCCAUAUAGAUGGAGUGAUAGAGAUUUCUAUCCGUGUGCAAACCUUUGAUAUGUCAACAAACCUAGCUGUAUCUAAUGUUCAGAUUAAUUUUCUGGAAGUGUAUUCAAAAUUAGCGCAUAUUAAACAAUUUCCAUACAUAAAAAAUAUUUCGGAAAGCGUAAUACAAAGCGAAUGUAUAAAUAAAGAUUAAGCCGCUAAGGCACCACGUGAUGCAUGCUUUUAUUAAUUAUUAUUCAAGCUUUAUUAUUAUUAAUUAUUAUUUCAAGCUAUUCAGUGUGCGUUAUUUUAAAGCUUUAUGUCUCAACUAUUCUAAAAUAUUCACUUGCACUGCAUUGCAAUACUAUUUCGUUUUCAUUCAGAAUGCAUCGAUUAACUUUUUUGAAUGAAACAGAAAGCAAGAGCGACCCACGUUCGACGCUGCUGACCAAUCGGUCGCAAGGCGUUUGAGUGACGUGAGCGGCAGCCAAUCAAAGGCGGAGCGUCGCUUGCUGGGCGGUGACUAAUCAUGCUUUUUGUUAAAGGCAAGGCAAGUGUCGGUCUCAGAAUCGCUAACGAAAUCGAAAAAUUCACAUUGGCUGCCGCUUCAGCGCAGAAUGAAGACCUUAGUGGUAUUCGACUUUGAUCACACCAUAGUGGAUGACAACAGCGACACAUGGGUGAUCCGCUCCACUCCCGAGCAGACGUUGCCGGACUGGCUGAAGAAGUCCUACCAGAAAGGCCUCUGGACCGAGUAUAUGGGUCGAGUCUUGACCUACAUCGGAGAGCAGUCUGUCCAGCCGGAACACAUGCGCGAGGUCAUGGAGAGCAUCCCGUUCACCGACGGCAUGCCCGAGCUCCUGACCUUCAUAUCCGAGAAUAAGAAGGACAUCGACUGCAUCAUCAUCUCCGAUUCCAACAGCGUCUUCAUAGACUGGGUUUUACGUGCGUCGGGGUUCAAGUCCGCUAUAGAUGACGUCUUCACCAACCCCGCCAGCAUCGACGCGCGCGGCUACGUGAGCUUGCGAUGCUUUCACGCGCAUGACUGUCAGCAGUGUCCCGUGAACCUGUGCAAGAGGAGGGUGCUGCGGGAUUUCAGAGAGAAGCAGGCUAAGGCUGGCGUGCGUUAUGAGAGGAUUUGCUAUGUAGGAGAUGGAGGAAAUGACUUUUGCCCCGUGCUGGAAUUGAAAGAAGGGGAUAUUGCGAUGCCUAGGAAAGGAUUCACCCUAGAGAAGAUGUUGUGCAAAGCCAUUUCCGAGGGUUCAGAAGCACUGCCUGCGAAAAUCAUGCCCUGGACUAGUGGCAAUGAAAUCCUCAGGGAGUUAAGAGCUCUGAUUGAGUAAUAUAGUAUUAUAGGCAAUAUUGUGACAAACUACAGACUCACUGAACUAAUAGAAUAUCACACGUUUAUUCUGCACUAAAUGCAUCAUGUGCGUCCUAUUAUAGCCCAUUCCCCCUUUAAUCUACUUCAUAAACUAAUUUGAGCAGGGUUUAAUAUCCGUCGGGAUGAAGUUUAUGUUUUGGUUUCAGUGCACAUUCUAAAAUGUAAUUUUAAUAGUUUUGCAUAUCGACGAUAAUUUUAAAUCUAUUUUAGAUUUAACUCAUAGCAUAAGCUCACUAUAUAGCAAAUGAUUUAACAGUUUGAGGUGCUUAAUAUUUAAUCCACGGAGGUAGCUGCAGAACAUUUAAAUGAACAAAUGUAAAUGUUUUAACAUUUAAUAUUUAUUCUAAAAUCUGCAUGAUGAAAAUAUCUAUAAAUACUAUGCCAUGUUGUAAGAAGUUAUUAUCAUCAUCAUUGUUUUUAUUAUUAUUAUUAUUAUUAUUAAACCCUAAUCUGCAUGCUAGUACAAUAAUUGCUAUAUAUAUAUAUAUAUAUAUAUAUAUAUAUAUAUAUAUAUAUAUAUAUAUAUAUAUAUAUAUAUAUAUAUAUAUAUAUAUAUAUAUAUAUAUAUAUUAGUGAACCCCAAAAGUCUGAGACCACAAUUUAGGGUUAUAUUAUUAGUUUUUAAUUUUAUAUGUGGUGUCAGACUUUUGGACCCCAGUGUAUGUUUCAGUAAUCUUUCAAAAGCCAGCACAGUCAUAGUAACUCAUGCUGAGUCCUGAUAACAGAAGUUUGGGGUCAGACGUGUCUCUCUUGACUUUAGAUAAACAGUGUUGUGAAUGUUUGUUCCUGAAUGAGCUUGAAAUUUAGAUGUGUAUCUUAAACGCAGCCUGAUUCUUGAUUCGGAGUGUUGUAUUCAAAGCGGAAAUUAAUAAAGAACAGGGACUCUAGUAUUGACUUAUAAAUAAACAGAAUGUUUGCAUGUCGGAAAGUCUGUACACUAUGACCUGAGCAUUGCCAUAUUCUCCACUGAGACGUUGUUCCUGUUAUUAUUUACAAUAAAUCCUGUGUCCUUUGUACUUAAGACACAGGCCAUGCACUGUUUAGUGUCUGAUUAUAAAUUAAUAAAUUACCCAGCCUAA